GAACGUCCUAGUGUGGUGUAUGAUAAUCGACGGACAUGAAUUCUAUCCCAUGUAUAGAAAACAAUUCUAGAACAUUGCUCAAUUUUAGGUCUUUCAAUGCCUUGUCCUGUCUUUUUGCUCAGAGCAAGUCUUGACGAUCAUGCCGCACUAUGAUCGAAUCGGCCCUGAACCUGAAUUCAUUCCUGUGGAGGCACGAUUUGGCGAUACUUUCUACCAAAACACUCCGUCGGCGCCUCGAUCUAACAAAACAACAAUCAAUCCCAGGACAUACUGCCUGGGUCGAAAGCUCAGUAAUACAGUUAGUUCAUGGACACCGUUUGGGAGACGGGCUCGCGACGACACGCCUUCUUCAUUGUGCAAUGCAAAACCGUUGGAUUGGAGAGGUGGCGGGGGCUUGACAUGGCAGGACGCGGAAACUCAACUCGCAAAUUACCUGUACACCCACCUUGGGAUUUGCCCUGGUCGCUUAAAAGCCAGAGGAACUGGUCCAAGCAAAUUCCAAACUAUGAAAACUCAUGAUCCUGGAUCGCUGAUCAUGCAGCGCUAUGUAUGUAUCGGUGAGCUAUUCGUCAGGGGUCAUGGGAUCCACAUCGCUGGAGAUGAGCGUGUGAUGUUGUCACGGGAGUAGCAGCGUUGGGUCUCAUACUCUCGUUCGUCUUUGCAAC